GCCCACGAUCGAGCUGGCCACGGCUUAAGCUCGAUUGGCAGGCGGCAGCUAACGGGAGUAGUAGGGGUUUCUUCUCUUCCGCUUUGGGGCAUCCCGAUCCGAUCGAUCUGUUGCGGCGGAGGCAGCGAGUGGCUGGGUAUUGGCCGCCGGAGAUAGAGUGAGAGCUUCGAGAAGAGGGGAAGCCAAGAAGGUUCGGCUCCGAAGGGAGUGACGAGAGGAGAUCGUUCAAUUCAGCGGACGGGAAGAAAUCAGGAGAUCGAGGAAGAUGUGUAUGGACCAAGCCGCCGUGCCGGUGAAGAGGGUCUGGCUCGGCCUCGCCACGCGCCUCGGCCUCCGGCGAAAGACUGGCCUGAGGAAGCUGAGGAAGGAGGUGCGGACGUGCGAGUACCACGACGUGCACGUCAUGUGGGAGAUGCUGAGGACGACGGACGGGCCGGUGCCGCUGGCCGAGAAGGAGGCCGCCGCGGCCGCGGCCGUCGCGGCGGCCGCCAGCGCCAGGAAGAGGAAGAACGCGUGUAGGCGGUUCAUCUACUACUGCUGCGCCUUCUGAGCGACUCGUUGAUCAGCCUGCCUGAGGAAUGAACGGCGUCAAGAACCUUUCUGCUGAUCCUAGCUCCUGAAAGAUCGGGACUCAAAUCUCGAGCUCGAUCGGGUUCAGCUCUCGGCCGGUGUCGUCAGCGUGCUACCAAGGAGCUCAGCUCGUCCGAGACUGCUCCCAGGUGAAGAUCGAGAGAUCGAUCGCCCCAGCGAGAGAGGAUGUGGUACAUAGGAAGAGUUUGGAGUACGUGUAGAGAGAGAAAGAAGAUGAUGGAGAUGUACAAAAAUAACCUGAAAAAAAGGGUUAUGGUUUGGAUCUGUGUCAGUGCAAAUCCUCUUCAAAAAGAAAUCAGUCAUCCCCCAGUGCUUUUUUUUGCUCAAA